CCGAGUGUCGGGGUGGGGGUGGGGCUUUGUGCGCGGCGUCGGUGGCGGCGGCGGGAGCGGGCGGCGGCGGUAGCUACUGCCAGGAACGCGGCGGAGGCCGAGGGGAACUGUCCACUGGUCGCCGCGCAGAGGCGUGCGAAGGCCGACUCGAGCCCCGAGGACCCUGCUGCCCCGACCCGGCCGCCAGCCACAGGCUCCUCUCUGAUAGCAGCGGCUGCGCGGCAACCCCCCAUCCCUCCACCUUCCCUGCCUACCCCACCUCCCGCAGCCUUCCUCCUCUCCCUUCCUCGCCCGGCCCGGCUCGGCCGUGGCCCUCUUCCGUGCCCGCCGCCAUGGCAGAGGCAUCCGGUGCGGGGAAAAUCUAGCCCGGGGAUUUCAUGCGGCCUAGCUUGGUUCGAUCUUCUCCCCCCGCGGUCGCGGCGGCUGCCCGCACCCCAGCCCCACUCCGGGCCUCCGUGUCUCUCCUGUGAUCGUACUGACACGGCCGGGGGGUUAGAAUGGAACAAACUGAAGGCCCGAUGAGAGAAAGGGAAAGUUAAGGAUGCUGGAGCAGAACAAUGGAUUUCUCUUUCUCUUUCAUGCAAGGGAUCAUGGGAAACACAAUUCAGCAACCACCUCAACUCAUUGACUCCGCCAACAUUCGUCAGGAGGAUGCCUUUGAUAACAACAGUGACAUUGUUGAAGAUGGUGGCCAUACACCAUAUGAAGCUACCUUGCAGCAAGGCUUUCAGUACCCACCUACAACGGAAGAUCUUCCUCCACUCACAAAUGGCUAUCCAUCAUCAAUCAGUAUGUAUGAAACUCAAACCAAAUACCAGUCAUAUAAUCAGUACCCCAAUGGGUCAGCCAAUGGCUUUGGUGCAGUUAGAAACUUUAGCCCCACUGACUAUUACCAUUCAGAAAUUCCAAACACAAGACCACAUGAAAUUCUGGAAAAACCGUCUCCUCCACAGCUACCACCUCCUCCUUCGGUACCACAAACUGUGAUUCCAAAGAAGACUGGCUCACCUGAAAUUAAACUAAAAAUAACCAAAACUAUCCAGAAUGGCAGGGAACUGUUUGAGUCUUCCCUUUGUGGAGACCUUUUAAAUGAAGUCCAGGCAAGCGAAUACACAAAGUCAAAGCAUGAAAGCAGAAAAGAAAAGAGGAAAAAAAGCAACAAGCAUGACUCAUCUAGAUCUGAAGAGCGCAAGUCACACAAAAUCCCCAAAUUAGAAUCAGAGGAACAAAGUAUACCAAAUGAGAGGGUUGAUCCUGUUUCAGAAAAACCAAGAGAAGAUCUAGUACUAAAAGAGGAAACCCCGGUUCAGCCGAUAUUAUCUUCUGUUCCAACAACGGAAGUGUCUGCUGGUGUUAAGUUCCAUGUUGGCGAUCUUGUUUGGUCUAAAGUGGGAACCUAUCCUUGGUGGCCUUGUAUGGUUUCAAGUGAUCCCCAGCUCGAGGUUCAUACCAAAAUUAAUACAAGAGGUGCGCGAGAAUAUCACGUCCAAUUUUUUAGCAACCAGCCAGAGAGGGCAUGGGUUCAUGAAAAGCGGGUACGAGAGUAUAAAGGUCAUAAACAGUAUGAAGAAUUACUGGCUGAGGCAACUAAACAAGCCAGUAAUCACUCCGAGAAACAAAAGAUUCGGAAACCUCGACCACAGAGAGAACGUGCUCAAUGGGAUAUUGGCAUCGCCCAUGCAGAGAAAGCAUUGAAAAUGACCCGAGAGGAAAGAAUAGAACAGUAUACUUUUAUCUAUAUUGAUAAACAGCCUGAGGAGGCUUUAUCCCAAGCAAAAAAGAAUGUCACCUCCAAAGCUGAAGUUAAAAAAACCCGGAGACCAAGAUCAGUGCUGAACACUCAGCCGGAACAGACCAAUGCAGGUGAGGUGGCCUCCUCACUAUCAAGUACUGAAAUUCGGAGACAUAGCCAGAGGCGGCACAUGAGUGUGGAAGAGGAAGAGCCACCCCCUGUUAAAAUCGCCUGGAAAACAGCAGCAGCAAGGAAAUCCUUACCAGCUUCCAUUACAAUGCACAAAGGGAGCCUGGAUUUGCAGAAGUGUAACAUGUCUCCAGUUGUGAAAAUUGAACAAGUGUUUGCUCUUCAGAAUGCUACAGGAGAUGGGAAAUUUAUCGAUCAAUUUGUUUAUUCAACGAAGGGAAUUGGUAACAAAACGGAGAUAAGUGUCAGGGGACAAGACAGACUUGUAAUUUCUACACCAAACCAGAGAAAUGAAAAGGCAACUCAGAAUAUAUCUGAAGCAACAUGUGGUUCUACAGGCUCAGUAGAAAAAAAACAACAGAGAAGAUCAAUUAGAACUCGUUCUGAAUCAGAGAAAUCCACUGAGGUUGUGCCAAAGAAGAAGAUCAAAAAGGAGCAGGUUGAAACAGUUCCUCAGGCUACAGUGAAGACUGGAUUACAGAAAGGGUCGACGGACCGGGGAGUGCAGGGCUCUGUCAGAUUCAGUGACAGCUCCGUCUCCGCAGCGAUUGAGGAAACUGUGGACUGAGAUUCCUGUACAAUUUCAUCCCAGAAACUCCAGACUUGUAGUCUCCAUGCAAGAUUUCUUUGUCGGCGGCUCGAUAAACAGUUUCUUUGUUUUCAAUUUUGAUUUUGCCAAUUAUCAUUAUUGGCAUUUUCCUGCCUGGUUUCUUCUUCAAGACUCUGAACAAUUGCUUUAACAUUCAAAUGAUUUUUUUUUUUUUUGGUCUGAGCUGGAUAGGUACAGCUUAAAUCAUGGGUCCAGCCUAAAAACCACCGUUUAACUUACACUGAUCAAUUUCAACAUGGACUGUUUUUGUUUUUUUGUUUUUAAAUAAAGCAUCAUUAAUGCACAUCUGCAGGGUUUUGCCAAACAGCCCAAACUGUGUACAUUACAAUCAUUAAAAGCUCUUAUUUUUUUUUUUAAUAUUAGUGCCGUUAUCAUGGAGAACAGCAUGGCAGCUGUCUUUGGCAGUCUGUCGUUUUUCUAGCAUUUUCAGAAACUCAUCGGAAAUGGCGGUACCUUUGUUUCCCUUCGAAAGCCUCUCAGUACAGCACUCCUGUUCCUCUGUUAAAACUCCUUGUUAAUCCAGUGAUCUUUUAGGCCAAGGAAAUAUUUUGUGGUGGUGUUCUGGGUCCAUACACCAGCAAUGAAGGAGCUAGAUUUGUGUACUUGUGUUUUUUAAUCAGCGUUAACAUGGGCAGGCACCCUCAUUUAUAGAUGUAAGGAAACAUUCAGUGAAAAACUUGUAGAAUGGGAUGUGAUAACGAGGUUCCAGUAAUCUGAGCAGUCUAAAGAGACCCACAUCCUCCACCACAGAACAUGGCUAUACACCAAGUGCUACUCCCACUCAGCCUGUUGCGGAUCUCCAUGGCCUCAGGAGACUUGUUUCUCCACGGUCUCUUCUGGACUGCACACUUCCACCAUAGCUUGCUGGGCUGGUCUAGAUGUCUGUCUGUUGUAUGGAAAUUUGGGGGGAAAAAUCCAAAACACAAACUGUGGGUUGAAAUAUUAACCGUCUCCUUGGUUCCUUGGUGUUCACCGUGCCUGAUCUGCACAUUUCAUCGUGGCUGUUUCUGUAUAGCCUAUACUGCAUUAGCCCAAGAGAUUGUUGCUUUGUAACUUUUUGCACUAUUGUUUUGGCUGGAUUUGUAUUACACACAGUUUUAAAAAAAAAUUCCACACUAUUCUUUGCCUUUUUUUUAAAAAAAUAUAUAUAUAUUUAUUUCUUCCCGCAAAUUCCACGUAGAGGCCUCACAUCCAGCUCUUCAUGAUUUGGCUGCACUUGAACAUUGAUUGUCUGUUUACAACCCUCAGCAAUGUGCCUCCUAAAUGGCAUGACAUACGUAGAUGUGCUGCAGCACUUGUUAAUUGUCACAAUAAAUGACACUUCACCAAGGAAGUCUCAGAUGAACAAUUAUGAACAUCCAAAAUUUAUUUGGGGGGUAAUAAUCAACUAAAUUGCAAAAUUCCGGGGAAAAUGGCACUAUCCGUGUACGAAUCGAAUACAAAUCAAAGAUUUGUCACAUCCCUAAUAAAAACAAGAUGGAGAUGUCUCUGCAACCAUAUUUGUAAGCUA